AAUGCUGUUGGACCGAAAUACAACGGAAAGUAUCUUCACAGCCUAAUCAAUGGUCUAUUGGGAACUACAAGGUUGCAUGAGACCUUGACAAACAUUGUUAUUCCUACUUUCGACAUCAAGAAGCUGGAGCCUACACUAUUUUCCUCUUUCAUUGCCCCAACAGCCUCAGCAUUAGAUGCUCAUUUGUCGGACAUCAGUAUAGCCACCUCGGCAGCGCCGACAUACCUUCCUUCUCAUUAUUUCACAAACCAAGACAAGAGUGGAAAAACGCACCAGUUCAACCUCAUCGAUGGUGGUGUUACUGCUAAUAAUCCGUCUUUUAUUGCUCUGAGCGAAGUCACCAAACAAGUUACUAAAAAGAACCCAGAUUUCAAGCCUGGGCCAGUGGACUACACUAAAGUUUUGGUGAUCUCACUUGGAACGGGUUCAAACAAGACUCAACAGAAAUACAAUGCAAAAUUGUCUGCCUCUUGGGGGCCUAUCUCCUGGAUUUACUAUAAUGGUUCGUCUCCUAUCAUUGAUGCAUUCUCGGAAUCAAGUGUGGACACGGUUAAUUACUACAACUGUGUAUUUUUCGAUGCCGCGGGAUGUGAAAGUAACUAUUUCAGAAUCGAUGAUGACACACUACAAGGAGAUCUUGCUUCUGUGGACAUAGCUACCACAAAGAACUUGAACAAUCUUGUGGAAUCGGGCAAGAAGCUGCUCAAGAAAACUGUUACUCGCAUCAACUUGGCCACGGGUCUCUACGAACCCAUUCCAAAUGGUCCCUCCAACCAGGAAGAACUCAAAAGAUUUGCGAAGCUACUUUCUGACGAAAGGAGGCUCCGACUGGCCAAUGCCAAAGCCACUGCGUAGUUAUUUUCAACUGCAUCGUCUUAAAUCCAUCAAGUGCUAAUAAAUAAUGAAAUAAGCUUAGCUUGAUAUAAUUAAAUAAGUCACGCCAUAUUUACCGUGUGUUCUAUCAAUAAUUUGUAUUUUCUUUUAUGUUCGACCUGUGUAAUUGUGUUAUUGAAUUUGUUUCUCUUUGAGUGUUGUCUAGACGAAAGUCGAGAUAAAAUCAGUGUGCUUUUGUAUUUGAAUUUGGAUAUUGCAUUCUAAUUUCUAUUUUUAAUCAUUGUUGAGGAUCGUGUGCCUUGAGGUCCGGAAUAUUUGUCAA